GUUAAUGGCCCACCUCCCAGCUGCUCCAGCUGAUCUCAYCUCCUUUCUCUGCUCGGUACUUCCCUGUGGCUUUGCUUUGGGGCCUUCGCUGUUCUGUGAGGGCUGUUUAGGGCUGUGGUGGGUCGGCCGCCCGCUGAAGGCUGGGACCCUGCUGGGAAGAGAGGGUGACUUGGAGGGGAACUCCAAGAAUCAUUUUGACCCGGGAUUGAUGGGGAUGUCAACAAAUCAGGCUCCUGUACAAAAAGCUACCUUUAUCAAAUUUGCCUGUCAGGCACGGUCCUCCGCCCAGCAGAACGUGUCCGUGCUGUGUGUGUGUGGUGAGGUGUGUGCGGCUGAAUGCGUGGAUGUGUGUCUGCGUGUGUGUCGGGACAUCCAGCCGGGAACAGAGCUGCUGUUGUACAAUGACACUGUGGGAAAAGGUCAGGCAACUGAUAAACCAGGCGACACCAUCAGGUGCACAGAAGACAAUCUGGAGAAGCUAAGAGAGCCAGAARUUGUAGUAACCAACAUAAUAAAUGUUCAAGAUCAAGAAAAUAAGGAGAACACUCAAGAGGAGGAGGAGGAACAACUAAAGACUCACAGUGACAUCAAGAGAAGUUGUUCGCCUGCACAGAGGAGGAGGAGGAGAGUCAAAAGCAUCCUGUUUGAACCGAGUCCUGAUAAUGAAAGCCAACUGGACGGUCUAAUACACGCACAGUCACACUCUGCAAACUCAGAUUCUCCUGGYCUCCCUGCUCUUCCUCAUGUACGCUUCAGCUCCCGUCUAGCUGCUAAACCACGACAGGUUCAUGGUCCGCCCAGUCGACAGAGACACUCUUCUGCUCAGUGCGAACCAUCCAAACAGCCUGAUGGACCGAUCAAAGAUUCUACAGAGUCCUCGAGCACGUCACGCACUGAUGAGUUGGGUUGUACUGCAGAGAGGGACCCUGGCUGGCAACCAGAGGUCAGAGAGAGGCGGUACGGCUGUUCCAGCUGUGAUAAAAAGUUCUACCAGAUCAGCCACUUGAAGAAACACCAGUUCAGUCACACAGAUGAGAAACCCUUCACCUGCCAGGACUGUGGGAAAAACUACACCUCUGCAGAAAGCUUCAGAGCCCAUCAGAUGAGUCAUCGCGGUGAGCGCCCAUUUUCCUGUCCUCACUGUGAGAAGACCUACGGCCUGAAGCGGGACCUGAAGGAGCACCUGGUCCUUCACACUGGAGAAAAACCUUACACCUGUGAGCACUGUAGCAAGUCCUUCGCUCGGCGCCCCUCCCUGCGCAUCCACCGCCUCCUUCACUGCAGCAGCGUGGUCCACACUCAGGCCCCAAAGGUGCAGUGUACAAUCUGCUCCAAGCUGCUGGCCAACCGCAAUUCCCUGAGGCUCCACAUGAAGCUUCAUACGGGGGAGAAGCCUCACAUAUGUCAGCACGAAACCUGGAGUGCCACCUGAGAAUUCACAGCGGAGAGAGGCCGUUUCCCUGCCCUAAAUGCAAACAGGCUUUCACCCAGAAACCAGAUCUCCAGCGACACAUGUUCUACCACACUGGAGGAGGGUUCCUCUGCAGCUACUGCGGCAAGUCUCUGAGGGACCCCCACAGUUUGAGAUACCAUGAGAGGCUGCACACUGGAGAGAGACACCAUCGCUGUUCGCUCUGUGGGAAAGGCUACACGUUGGCCACCAAACUGAGGAGACACAUCAAGUCAUCCCACCUGAAGGAGAAGCUCUACAGCUGCUCCUGCGGCGCCUCCUACACUGCGAAGCAGAGUCUGCUGAGGCACCAGGCUCAGCACAGGACAGAUAAAGGAGCUCAGACAGAGGCGGGAGGGCAGAGAGACCAGGAUGAGCAGGAGUUAGCAGCUUCGGGCAGCAGUCACCCGAAGCCGGUUCGAGGCCGACCCAAGAAGAAACUGCUUCUCGGGGACCCAGAGGGGAGUGACCGAGGUGACGCACAGCAGGGAGGAGAACAGGAMAAACACGAGGAGAAGUUGAAAAAUGCUGAAACGGUGUCUGGAGGAGCAGAAGAGGCUCCGGGCGACGUCCAGCACUCCGUAGUUUACGUUCACACAGACGACCUGUCUGUACCAGCCUCCACACCUCUGCUGCUCGCAGCCGAUUGCUCCCUCCCUGCAGGGGCAGAGCCGGAGCUGGUGGAGGUGCUGAUAUCAGAUGGCGUGGAGCAGUGCAUUGUGGUCCGUGGGCAGCAGGCAGUGGGGGAGCUGCUGAUCCUGCAGGAGGAGGAUGAUAGUGGACUCUGCACUGUGGCUCAGACUGUUGAGAUAAACACAGUGUGACCUGAAACCACAGGACAUUCUGAUCAUCACUUCCAGCACAUGAGGUUUCUUUGCUUAGAUUCAUUUAUA